AGAAUGAGACAUUUCCUGUUGAUGUAAAGAUGUUGAAAUCGGCCAACAUGCGUGGGAGGAUUAGCCGCCUUCUGGAACAUUUGACAUUACGCCCUAGCCAGAGCACAUACACCCACAUCUGCACAUCCCAUGCACAUCUGGCAGGUGGUCGGAUUUGGAAAGAUAAUUCACACGGAGCAUAAGUUGCUGACUGCACCAAACAAGAAAUAGAUUGAUAUUUUGCGAUGAGAGCGAUAUACAGAUGAACACAAUUUCUGACUAUUUUUCACACAGAUAUUACAGGGGUGCUUUUCUCUUAUGGUGUGAAAAUUUGGGGGCAAACAGGCCAAUAAGAAAAACACUUGAUAUAAGCUACCAGGUGAAUGGAUAUGAAUCCAUGGGAAAUGUUGAACAUUGCUGUGUUUUUAGUUUGCUUUUAAAAAUGGAAGGAUAUAUGUGAACUAUAUAUCACUCAUUCAAACAAACAAACAAAAAGUGUGACAAUUCUUGUUGUUUGCUUGCUUUAUAUGAGAUUAUCUAAAUUAAAUCAUAAUAUGAUUGGGUUGCAUUUCUUGCAUUUCUAUCUCAAUGUUAUCAUCCCUUUUUUUUAAUACAUUUAUGAUAAUGGAUGUCUGUUUAAAAGCUGUUUACCAAAUUCAAGUCUUUCAGAGGACUAUAUUGAACAGUCCCUCGAGAAAAAUGCGGCGUUUUUUUGUGAUUGUUGCGGCCAAAAAUCCUUGAUUAUGCUGCAUGUUUUCUUAACAAAUGCAAUGAAAUAUGCGGCAUAUGUAUGCAAUUUCAUGCGAUGAAAGUGCGGGAACUUUAAAAAAAAUUGCGAAGAAAUGCGGGAACUUGCGAAAAUGCCGCUCUUCGAUGACGUUCACGUCGCGUAAUUACGUCACUUCAUAACGUUCCCAUGGCAGGGGGAAAUGGCUGCUCCUGUGUGAAGUAAACGCAACAUUUUUCAACUUUCUCCAAAGAUAUAUGUGACUUCUUUGCAACGAAAAUGCAGGGAUUAUGAAAUCAUGCAAGCCCCGCAUAUUUUGCGCGGAAAUCUGCAAUUUAUGCAGUGAAAGUGCGGCAUAUUUGAAAAAAUGCGGCCCCCGCAUGAAUAUGCGGAUUUAGGCUGAUUAUGCGUUGAAUUAUGUGAUCGCAUAAUCGCGUUUUUCUGGAGGGACUGAUUGAAUUGCCUUGUUGAAUGUUGAGCUUCCAUUCAGGAAUCCUAUGUUUUAUCUGCUGCAAUGUAAGUGGUAAAGGAAAGGAUAAAUAAUGAUGCAUCACUAUACCUGUAAAUAUAAUGAUAUGCAGAGAUUAUCCCAGAUCCAUCCUGAUGUAAAGCAAUUGAAUUGGUUGGUUUGUAAUGAUAGGUUCCUAGUUAUGCUAAAUUGUUCUAAUACCAUAAUAACUACGCAAAUCUAUUUGAGAAGGCCAGUAUUAGAUAGAUUAGGAAGAAGCCAGUAAUGCUUUCCGUUGAUGGAGAUAUUAUAUGGAUUUGUCGUCUUUUAAGUCACACAUUUAGGGAUAUUCAGAGUCUUUUCAAGAGUCGGCUGAUGUGACCUUCGAGGUUCCAUGUGAUUUUUUUUCUGUAACGUUGACAGAGUAUUGUUAUGGGUCAUCUGUAAUCACAGACUGUGAUUACCCUCUGACUUUACAUAAUUACAUUCCCAAACUAGACUCUGAAUCACAGUCCAGUUUGGGAAUAUAAUUUUGUAAAGCUAAGUAGAGACACUAUUAAAUGUGGGGAGACUUGGCCCUGGCUUGAUUCAGAGGAUGCAAGGGGCGACUGACGCGCUUUAAAUAAAUCUACUGUGAUGUGAACAACUAUUAUUAUCAAAUAUGUAUGUUACUCUCAGCUUGUGAAAACGGCUGAUUAUGAUACCUGUGUACAUAUGCUUGCCUGCAAAAGUCUAUUUUGGUCAUUAUUUGCCAGUUGUCAGUUUAAAAAAAUACAUUUUAGUUUUAAGUUUUGCCAUAAAUGCAGGACUUUUGAUUACGGUCCUUUAUGAAUGCUAUGUGUUAACACAUCUUUUUUUAUGUUGAUUGGUCAACGAAAAGCACCUUCCUUUCUUUUUUAAAUAUUUGUUAUAUUCCAAGUUCAUGUAUUUUUGGCACCUUCUCGCAUAGAGAAUGGAAUGCCUAUAUAAUUUAGGCUUCAAUGGACAAAUGUUGAAAACAAAUUUUCUGUUGUAGAUGUUAAAUCCAAUUGCAGUGCAAAUUUGACACUUUAUCUUGCACAGCUCAUUUCACAGGAAAGUGUUUAUGUAGGGCAAGCCAAUACAAUAGAGCUCACAAUGUAAACAAUAUCAACUUCCGAAAUAUCAUGUUAAUAACGCGUCUGAAAAAAAAAUUGUCCAGCCCUAUCUUUUUUUAACUAAAUGUUUUGCAUGUAUAAACGUGUAUAGGCGUACUAUAUAUUGGUGGAAACACCUAUUUAACAAGUGUGCUAUUGUUAUUGCUUUGCUUCAUGUUACUUUUACUAAUGUUCAACGAGAAGACAGAAAAAUGUAUUCACUAAACUGAUUGCCUAAAUUGCUGGCAAUGCUUUUCUUAAUUUCUUCCGAAGAUUUAUUGAAAUUAACACUAACUGUAACCAUCCAUACCACAAUGCUGCCUGUUAUAAAGUAAUAAAGUUGUUGAAAUAAUUAUGCAUCGUCAUCACUUAGAAUAGUGGCUUCCCAUGUAAAUGGUAAAUUUCAGUACUUUUCAUUGCUUCGAAUCAGAUUUUUUUUGUGCAUAAAAAAUGAUUUUUGCACACCAAAUCGACAACUUUUUUGUUACGUACAUUUGUGGCAUCAUUUAUGCCAUUACGUCACAAUAAAUAAAUACUGGAUUUCACACUAAACAUGCUACUCUUGCUUUUAAUGAGAAAAAAAAAAAAAAGCUAUCUCAUUGUCUGUUAUAUGUUAAGAGUGAAUUCAAUGUAAGCUUACCAUUGGUUUAUUAUAUUGCUUACACACUUCACACGUCUUUUUUUAUCUAUUGGCUCUGGACGCCCAGAGCAUCUUGUUGACGUGCGCUAUGGCAACGACGCCCCGGGGACGUCACCCGCCUGGUUUUGUACACACUUUAUGGUCCCGCACGGAGGAAGUUGGACCUAAAGGAGUCGUAUUAGGAGAAACAUCUUAAAUGUAUGAUGUAGUUUAAACAGAAGGAGUUCGAUACCAACGCCCAAAAAUGUCGGAUAUUUUAUGCAGAUGGCUUAACAACGAGCUCCGGUUGUCAAAAACAGUUGAGCCAAAUACAUUUUCGAAGGACUUCUCCACCGGCUACCUUAUUGGAGAAGUGCUCUUUAAAUACCAGCUGCAAGAUGAUUUCAGUGCGUUCAUAAAAAGCAACAUCUCCAGUUCCAAGGAGGGCAACUUCAGCCGCAUCGAGCCCACCCUCCAGCUGCUUGGCGUCCCCUUUGACCAGAACACAGCCCAGGCUCUGAUGCAGGAGAAGCAGGGAGCGGCUACCCGUCUGCUCUACCAGCUCUACGUCCUGCUGCAGCACAGGAAGAUGAAGAGGACCCCCAUGGACACCGUGCGGCCCACUGCUGGGGGCCCCCACCUGCACAAAAAAGAGAACGACGUCUUCUCAGAUCAUCGUGUGGGGCCGGUGGGGAAGCGGGAUGCAGAGGUAACGGUCCACAAGCUGUCCCAGCGCUAUGAGGAGCAGGGCCGGCAGCUGAAGGAGAAGUCAGAGAUGGCUGAGCUUCUCCAGGAGCAAAAGAAACUCCUGGACAUGGAAGACAUGAGACUAAAGGACAUGGAAAAGCUACGAUCGUCGCGUCGAAGGCAGACUGAGCUGAUGGCUCGUAUCCAGGCUUCCAUCGUCCACGUGCCAAAGCCUUCCGCUAUCAAACUGGUGCAGAAGCAGCACCAACAGCAGCAGCUACGCAGGGAACAGCAAAGACAGCAGGUCACAGCUGAAAUCGCCCGCUUUGAAAAAAGCAGAAAGGCAUUUCUAACUUCAGACUUCUCUUAUUUCUCAAGCGGCAAGACCCUCACAGGGAGCCGCAAGGCCAUUGGUCAGAAGGCCCCCGGGGAGGGCGGGCCCGAGCUGGUGCUGCAGUCCAACAGCCAGUACGUGCAGAAGAUCAGACAGAGGCUGGCGGAGGACUCUGCCUCGUGCCAGCAGAGGGAGAAGCGCCGCACCAGGUUCCUACAGGAGCAGCUCAAAGCCCAGGAGAAUCAGCAGGACGCGCAGCGGGACGAGCAGUUGGUGCACCGGCUGACGCGGCCGACGGAGCAGGAGCGGCGGCUGGUGGCGCAGCUCCUCCAGGUCCGCGCCCAGAAGGAGGUGCUGCGGGAGAACCGUCUCUUCCGGGAGCAGCAGUACCAGGAGCAGAGGGAGAGGGACUUCCUGGAGGCCCUGGAGAGGGAGGCGACUUUGGCUCAGCAGGCCCAACUGGACGAAGCUGAUGAGGUCAGCAGGCAGGUGGAGCUACAUAACAGGAUGGCAGCCGAGCGAGCCCAGCACAGGCACAAGAAACACUCUAAUCUCUGCCGGGAAGUCCUGGAUCAGAUAGAGGAUUUGGCUACCAAGGUUGGCGAAUACCGUCUACUUACCGGGAAGCUGAUCCCGGUCAAGAUGAUGAGGGAGUGGAAGGAGCUGCUGUUGCUUGGAUUGCCCCUGUAUGACCCUGUGCCAGGAGACUCAGAACCUGGCCCCCUUUCUGCCCCGCUAGACCCCGUAGAGCGGCAGAAAGAGGAGCUCCUCAACAACCAAGACUACCAGGAGUACACAAACAUGGAGGGUGAGUGGGCGUGGCCGGAGGAGGCAGGGGAGGCUAAGCGCCAUCUAGGCAGCAACAACAUCCUGGACCAUGUAGUCCUGAGGCUGACGAACAUGGUCAAUGAGCCCCGUCCUGCCACGCCUCCCCCACUCUUCCCUCAGUUCACGCUCAAGGCCUGUGUCCUGGGCCAGCCCUGCUCAGGGAAGACCACCUGCCUGGCUCAGCUGGCCCAAGCACAUGGUAUCCAUAUCAUAUCACCUGACACACUCAUCCAAGAGACCCUGGCUGCCUACCAGAGUGGAGAAAAGGUUUCUGAUGGCGGGGAGAUUCCUACUGUUAGAGACGGUGAGGAUGAGUUUCCUGAGGGAGAGGGCCGGUCCUUCACAUCCCGAGAAACCAAGGAAUCUAAUUCUCUUUCAGCACUCGACCAACAGCAAGAAAUUCCCAAGAGGGAGCCGUCAGCGAGGGCGCAGCGUGGAGCAGUCAUAGACCAGGUGCUGAGGACAGGGAAAGCAAUCCCUGAUGAGCUGCUGGUGAACAUCAUAGUGGAGACGAUCAGGCUGGUCCCAGACACUUCCGGGUGGGUCCUGGAUGGCUUCCCGGUGAAUGUGGCUCAGGCCCGGAUGCUGGAACUGGCCCUGGGGGGGAGUACCUCGGUGCCCAUUGAAAAGAAACCUCCUCGCCGGGGCUCAAACAAACAAAAGGCCCCCCAGGCGCUCGAGCCAAUCGCAGCCAAAAAGCUUCCCGUGCUGGACCUGGUUCUGCUGCUGGACACACCCGAAAGCGUCCUCCUCAAUCGUGCUGUCCGUCAAAGCCGAGGAAGAGGGGAGAGGGUUUUGUGCAGUGCAGAGGUGAAUGCCCCGUAUCCUACGGUGAGAUAUGCAUCCCUGACGAUCAAAGAGGAACAUGUAGAGAGCAGAAGCCUUGGAGCUGCUCCCACUGCCCCCCCGGAUGGUCACCCUGACCCUGGUGGGACAGCCCCUGCUCUGGAUGGAUGUACAGACACGGGUCUGGGGGGCCGACAAAUACAACAUGGCAUUGCUGCCUUCCAGGAGAAUUGGUCCAAACUAGAGAAGUGGUACAGUGGAAAUCAAGGCAUCCUUGUCCGUUUGGAUGCAAAUGUGAGCGAGGAGGAACUCUUUAGCAGUUUGGAGUCUGUAUUGCUACAGGCAGUGAUGAACAAACCAAAAGUGCUUGACAUGGGUGAAACUCCAGGGUCCAACCCCCCAGGGACAGCCCCAUAUCAGGACCCCAAACUGGAGCGCCCGGGGUCCGCCUGCAUUAUCAGACCUAGGUCCAGCGCAAAGUCUCCAAGAGGGCGGACCAGAGCAGCCUCCCUGUGCGGAGCGGACAGAGAGCUAGGCAGCGCGCUGGACGGGGACCCCCCUCGCCCCGGCUCGGCCCGCUGGAUCUACGUGGACGAAGCCCUGCCUGUGGAGGUCCCAGGGGCCCUGCUCUCCUACUGGGAGUCCAUUAGUGAGUCAUACGUGAGGAACAUCAAAGCCGUGAUGCAGAACCUGCGCAUCGAACGAAACAUCAUCAUCCGUCACCUGUUCAACAUCAGAGAGGAGUACAAGCACUACCUGAGUCGGCCGGAGCUGAACCAGGAGUUUGUGAGCCAGUGGCAGCAGGACUUCAACAGCAGCAUCCCUGAAGACAUGAGAGCUGACACAGAAACCAAGACAGAGCUGCACCAGAGGCUGGACGACCUGCGAGAGCGUCUGUGGGACAUGAGUGACAAGCGGAGAGAGGAGGACAGCCAGGAGAAGAACAGUCUAGUAGAGAACGGCUGGCUGGAGGACCACAAGGCUUUCUUCAUUAAUCACUUCACUACACUCAUCCAGGUGGAGUUAGACCGCUUCCAGGACACACUGAGCGUUCUGCGGGACUACUACCUGGGCAUGUGCAGACAGGGGACUCCGCCGUUCCCGCCGACUCACUUCACCUGUCUCCCCCUGGUGGACGCCGCAGACUACCGGGACACAGCCCCCGUGCAGGGAGACAGGCAAGCACCCCCUCAGGGCCUGUGUGACCAGGCUGCACCGGGGACCCGCCAAGACCCCUUCUCCAUGGGGAGGCUGAGGGGAUUUCCACAUGAUGAAAACAUGUGUGCUGUAUAUUGUGACGCCAUAUUCUCCCCCUUCAGCACUGACCAAGCAGCCCAGGGAGCCAGUGAAACAGAGGAGGAUACUGUGUUGCAGAGGAAACCACAAGUUAUUCCCCUCCUUGACAGAAGUGCUGUUGCUCCAGAGCCAAGUGUUGAUGGGGACCUGCAAAAGGGAGCGCGUGACAAGAACUCACAUGGAAAACAUAUCUCUGAUGUGUAUAAACAGGCACUCGAUGCUAUCAAGAACCUGUGUGAUCAGGCGUCCGGGGAGCUCCAGCAGAAGAAGGUGGAGGUGGUCAAGGAGGGGCUGGAGGAGGAGAGGAACAAGGUGUCCCAGGCCCCCGCCAAAGGCACGGCCAAGGAUAAGGGGAAGAAGACAUCGGCCAAGAAGAAAGAGCCCCCUCCCACCCCUCCCCCGGAGUCCAUCCCCAGUCCCCCAAUGAAGGAGAGCUCAGAGGAGAUUCACCUGAGAAAACUACGCGCCAAGAUGCACAAAGAGCUCACAGCUGCACUCGGCCACGAGGUGCAACUGGUUAAGACCCGUAUAGGUCUGGUGAGAGGCUGUGCUCUCCUGAGUGUCUGCUCCCUUCAGAGGAAAGCCGAAGAGACCUUCAGCUGCAUGGACCAGUGGCUAGCGGCACACUACCUCUCACAGAUGAACAGCGUUGACGGGCUAGCAGAAGUGGUGCGCUACCACAUCGAGAUGGGCUCCCUUCUCCACAGUGAAUUGGUUCUGGAUUCAAACGACUUCUAUCUGAACGGAGACCUGCGCAUGGUGGCCAGCCAGCCCCCCCCGCCCCGCCCACCCCCUCUGGAGAGACCCCCCCACCCCACACUGAGUGUGGCUCAGCUAGAGUUCGUCAGCACACAGCUCUACACUGUGGCUCCCUCAGGCCUCUUGUCCUGCGCUGAGUUCACCAGUGUCCUCCAGGAUCUCAUCUCUCUGAGGGUGGGCUGGGACGUCCUGCCUGAGCCAUGGAGCUCUAUGUCUGAUGCACAGGUGACGGAGGUGGUCUGUCUCCUCACGCUGGAGUCGGGGCUGGUGGACUGGCGCCGGUUCCUGCUCAGUGCUGCCCUCCCCUGGCCACUGCCCAGCCUGGCCCAGCUGCUGCUGCUGCUGCAGGGCUUCCGCACCGCCGACCCCGGGGCCACGGGCUCUGUGGACCGGGACCAGUACCUGCAGGUGGAGCUAUGGUUCCCAAGUGAGACGGCCCAGCCUGUGCCUGAAGACCCCACCGACCCCUUACCGUACAACCGCCUGGCCAACCUACGCAAGCUGUUCUUCCAGAUGUUUGCGGACCACUCCUCCAGUCCCCCACGCCUGGACUACGCACGGAUGCUGGGCUACCUGGCGGCCCACCCUGAGCCCGGCCAGGGCGUGGUCCGGGCCCUCAGCCUGGCUCUGGGCAGGACACUCAGGCACCCUGCUGCCUGUCGCUACGUCAAGUCGAUGCCCAACAUCAACGAGACUCGAGAGCCAGGGAGCCCGGGACAGCAGGCGGAGCCAGAGGUGGAGGAGGCGGAGGAAGAGGUCGAGGAGGCGGAGGAAGAGGUGGUUCCCAGGGGGUCCAGCGGUUGCGACGGGGUCGAGCAGGGGGUGCCCGUCGACGCCCUCCUUGCCGUUCUGUGUCACAGAGACGUCCAUAAGUCGGCACGCGCCCCCGGCAAAACCCCAGAGGAGCUCACUGAGGACUUGCAGCGUGUAUUUGGAGAGCUUGGCUACGGACCGCAGGAACAUGUCCCCUUCUCAGUCCUCUGCCAGCAUCCUGUAGUCCAGGAGCUCAUGGAGGGAUCCAAUCGCUACCAGCUCAUAGAUAUUCAUGGCGUGCUGAAAGGCCAGGAGAGUGAAUCGGAGCCCCAACUCUCCCCAGCCUCCUGAAUAUGAGGCAUUUCUUUGUUUCAUGCAUUCUUGUUUCAGAAAUAUCUAUUCUUGUUUCCUAUUUAGACAAAAAGUAUAAUCCAUUUGCAAGCUAUAGAACUUCAAUACAGUGAUUUGUACAAAUUCCCAUCUAUGCUUAAAGUGAUGUUUGCUAUUGAUUCAAUAAAUUCGCAGCCAUACAUCCA